CUUUCUGCCCACACCACGUGACAGAGGAAGAGGCUCGGACCCAUUACACAAUAAUAAAACUAUGCCUUUGGCAAAGUGGAGCCAAAACCUAGAGCUGCUGUAGGAAGUUAGCAAUACAUGCAAAACGGGGUAAAACAUUAAUAAAGACGAAAGACCCAAGAAGUGAGGACUGCAGAGCACUCUCAGAAGGACGCUGUUGUGGCAAGACAGGCUCUGUGCUCUGCUGUGUGACAGCGAUCUGCAGCAAAACAUCUGCAAAACCGUGCAGGAUUCCAGCGCCUGUCGAGAUCUCGCUGAAGAGAUCAGCCUGGGCUGCGCCAUGAUCUCUGCUGUCCUCCUCCUCUGGACCGUGCCCUGCGUGGCAAACCACAUCCUCGGGGGCUUUGCCAAGGCAGCGCUGCAGGAGGGUCCCCAGCUGGCGUGCAGCCUGCCGGGCCCCCCCGGGCCCCCCGGUCCUCCAGGUGCUCCCGGUGCUCCGGGGACAGUCGGCAGGAUGGGCUUCCCGGGGAAAGAUGGCAAGGAUGGCAAGGACGGGGACAAAGGCGAGCACGGUGAUGAAGGUCCACAGGGCAGAACAGGAAACCCAGGCAAGCCAGGACCAAAGGGGAAAGCGGGAGCUAUCGGCAAGGCAGGCCCAAGAGGACCAAAGGGUUUAAAGGGCAGUCCUGGAAAAAAUGGAGCACCGGGAAAGAAAGGACCCAAAGGGAACAAAGGUGAGACUGGCAUGCCAGGACCCUGCACCUGUAAUGCCAACAAAGCCAAAUCUGCCUUUUCUGUGGCUGUCUCCAAAAGCUACCCAAGGGAAAGGCUGCCCAUCAAAUUUGACAGGAUCCUUAUGAACGAAGGAGGACAUUACAACGCUUCCAGCGGGAAAUUUAUAUGCAGCAUCCCGGGUAUUUACUACUUCACUUAUGAUAUCACCUUGGCCAACAAACAUUUGGCCAUUGGCUUGGUCCACAACGGGCAGUAUCGGAUCAAGACCUUUGAUGCCAACACUGGGAACCAUGACGUUGCCUCUGGAUCCACCAUCCUUUCUCUGAAGCAGGAGGAUGAAGUAUGGCUGCAGAUCUUUUACUCUGAACAAAACGGGCUCUUUUAUGACCCCUACUGGACAGACAGCUUAUUCACUGGCUUCCUGAUCUAUCCUGAUCAAGAUUAUCUCAAUGAAAUAUAGAGCAAGAAACAAACCCAUCAGGAAAAAAAUAGGAAAUGCAUGCGACCUCAGUCCAGCAAAGUGUAGCCUGUACAUGGACACGUGUGGUAUUAUAUCAUUCUACAUUUUUCACACUAACAGCCUGUGUUGGCUCCUUAGAUAUUUACUUGAUGUCACCAACUAGUCCACAGGGUGUGCCAGGAUUAGUAGGAACAACCUUUAAGUAACCUCAUGAGUCUCUAAACCUUGAAGCUACCCGUUAUGUUUUCCCACCACCAUCCAAAUGUGCCAUGGACAUGUAACUCAAGUACUGGUGCUGAACAUUUUCUUUAUUGUAUUAUUAUAAAGCAUGGAGAUCAAAAAUCAUUUCCUGAAAGCUGAGCUCCUAAGUGCCAUUGAUGUCGUAGAUUGCAACAGUGCCUCUUUGCCCCCCACCCCCAAUAACAACAACAACAACAACAACAACAACCCUUGUUACACUUUACCAGCUUCCUAAAAGUCAGGAUGUUAUCAGCUACUGUUACAAAAGUGCUGGUAACUCUCAGCCUCAUCAAAGCAGAACUAAUAAGCAAAGGCAUCCGGUCUAAACAGGACAUGCCACAAAGCAGAGCUCAUUUAAGGCUGAAGGUAAAACUCCUGGUAAGAUACAUCUUGUUGCAUCGAGCACUGCUGGCAUUUCUCAGAUUUCAGCUGCUCGUAGUGGUACUGGGGUCCUGCGCUGGCUUUCAGGUGAGCACUGGUAAGAUAUGACCAGAGACAGACUUUGACUGUGCAAGACAAAUACUUGCCAGCCUCCUACCCUUGGCAGAGAGGGAACUUUGCAGAUAGGACUGAAUUUUCUGAGACAGCAUGAACCUUCACUACAGAAGCAGCUUCAUUAACACACCCAUUUCUUGAUUCCUGCCAGUUUUUCCUUCAUCCCUGCCAGCUUCUGCUGGAAGGAGAUACUUGUGGUGCUGCUGAGAUCCUCCUCAAGGGCUUAAGGCUACACACAGACUCUGGUCUUACCGAUGCUAAAAGACUCACCAAGAAUUACUUUGGUCUUACCUGGUGUUAAAUGGUAUUUAAAAAAUAAGAGGCAGAAAAGUCAAAAGCUGAGCUUUUUGCUUUUGCUAUGUUGAUCUUUGCCUUUCUUUCCAACCCAAACAUCAGCUAAUACAGGAAUGUGCUCCAAAAGGAUUUGCUAUUACCAUAGCGAGAAGAGCUCUCUUGCUAUCAAGCUGCCCAGUUGACUGCCUUGCCCCAGGAUGUCAAACCCACCCUUUAACAGAGGACUAUCUCAGCAGCCAGAUGGAAGGAGUCUCUUCCUCACUAUCAGAUGCAUCUUCUUGGUUUCCACAUUCAUAUUUCUUGUCUCCUUUAUCACUUUGCUAAAUCUCGUAUGAAUUUCCAGCUCCUCUAAUCUUCAUAUUCAGGCACUGAAGGGGUAGUCCAUAAGAACAAAUUAAGAUUUUUUUU